AUGGGGAUCAUUCAAACUUGUUGCAACAACAAUAAGAAUAAGAUUAAAGGAGAUAAAUACAAAUAAAAUGCUAAAAAUUUAGACAUAUCGAAAACUGUUCGAAUGUUUGAUUACAAUUCAAAUAAAUAUGUGGAUGUACCAGUUCUAGAACCUGCAACUUUAAAUUCCUUAUACUCUAAAAGAUAGACUCAAAGUUCAAAUAUUACUCCUGCUGCUUAUUUAUCUUAAUCAUGA